AUGGGGCUGGUGAAUCGUCUAAACCUAGAAGAAGAGCAAAGUCGUGAGUACGACUCUUCGAAAGAUCACAUUGUUAUUGAGCAAUAUUCCAGCACAAACGAGGCCGAAUCGUUGCGUUCCAUUCCUGGUUUCAAGUUGCCUCCCAGCGAUCACAAAGUGUGGAGUGGCGUGUACCAGCACAACCCUCUGGAGAUCCAGAUCCGCUACACACUGAAGAAUCCUGAAGUUGGAAUCUUUUUUCGCACGGACCCCACUCCGCACGUGUAUUCGUGGAGUUCGUUUUUCUCUGGCAAGCAGGAGGAAAGUCUCUGUAACGGAGUGAGAACGUGGGUGCCGUGCAUCGACAACGAGCUGGAGCGCUGUCUUUGGGAGCUGGAGAUCAUCGUUCCCUCGACCUUCUCUGUGUGGGCAAGCGGCAAACUGGUAAAGAAAACACUAACGAAAGGCGAUCAGAAAACCAUCUUCCUCUUCUCCUCCCAAACGCCCAUGUCCGCGUCCUCGAUCGGAUUUGUGGCCGGCGAGUUCCACGAGCAAGUGAAGACGCACGAGAACCAAAUUAUCGCUGCGAUUACGCGAGUCCAUCACUACAUGAUCAACUAUGCCGCGGCGACCGUCGACAAGGCAGUCAGUUUUCUCGAUAGUAUUAUCAUGAACGAUUCGAUUUUGCAUUAUAAGCUCAUUCAAUCGACCGUUGUGGUGUUCGUAACCGAUUCUCCAGAGCCCUACUCGGUCUCGUAUGGACUGAUUUUGAUCAAUCGCAAUCAGCUGAUCGGAGAGAAGGACUUCAGCCAUAUCCCCGAGUUUCAUCAUUUGAUUUGUCUCUGUCUCGCCUUCCAGUACUAUGGAAUCUUGAUCCAGCCGCUUACCAAACGAGAGCCUGUAGAUUAUCCGAUGAUUGGAUCAGUGGAACAUAACCUUUCUGUAAUGGGAGGCUGUAUUGCGUAA